AUGGAUACCACAAAAGCCAACACCCCGCGGCGCCGCUCUAGUCGGAGUCGUCCGAAGGUUUACUUUGCCAACGCAGAAAGGCCCUCGAGACUGAAAACCGAGAUGGUUCCAGAAGGGGCUUGGGCCAACCCUUCGGGCCAGCGCCCGCCCAUAAUCACCGAUGCUGCUCCCGCGACUUGCAUGUACUGCGACAAGGCCUGCGAUCCCGAAACGGAGCUCAGAUGCUCGUGCGGUGCAGGACCAUACUGCCGAGAAGUUUGUCAGAAGGAUAACGCGCAUAGCCACAACAUCUUUUGCAGCGCAGAGGCCAGUUCCGCAGCUUCCGGUUUUGCCCCGACAAGUGAUGCUCGUUUAGCCUUGUUCUUCUCAGACGGCAACCUGGACCUUGCCGACGAAAAGCCGCCCGAUUUCGACCCGGGAUCGCCCCCUGUAAGGAGGAAGAUCAACAUCACACACUGGCUGCGUUUCCGAGACGGCAUUCCGGUCCUGCCCCACAGGUUCAUGGCAGGCAGCGGCCUACGCUCGACCGAAGUCAACAGCGGAGACACCGCAAAGACACGCCACUACCUUCGUAUCCUGCAUUACGGCUGGAUUCGCAGAUUCCGCCAUAAGAACCUCAAGUUGAACCGCGAGCUCCUCCUCCUCUGGACUGAAGGCAUGGGCUGGCCAUACGAACUUGUAAAGCAAUUUGCGGACGAUCAAAAGCGGGAGAAGGCUGCCACCGCCUUGGGAAUCAAACAUGAGCCCGCUGACUGGGGAUUGGAGGACUACCAGGCCAUUGAAGACCUGAUGACACAUUGCAUUCGAUAUAUUUCCAGCCUCCGGGAGCUUAUGCUGCGCCUCGGUCUUCUUUCCAUCAACCGGACCGAACCUCUGUUCACGAAGGUAUGGAUUCCAUCCACACCGUCAACUCUCCAACUCGAAUGGCCUUGUGUAUUCCCCCGAUACCUUGGCUUGCCGUGGACGGCCAGGCCAGAUCUGGCGUCGCAAAACUACACCAUUCGCAAUGACAGGACCCUGCACAACCAUCAUGGCAAAUGGCUUGCAGCUCAUUGGCUCGAUGACCCACGAAUGCCCGGCCGCCAAAUGCUCGACCUAGAGUGCUACAAUAUGGGGCACUGCGCGGUAUACUCCGAGGACGAGCACCUGUCCCUGCAUCCGAUUUGGAUGUUCUUCGUCCGAGUUUUCGUCAACGAGACCAUCUUAGGCAUGGCACAAGACAAAAAGCCUCACCGGAAAUACGUGCAUUAUCCGGUUGGCGACAAGAACAUCGACGAGCAGACUGAAGUAAUCUUCAACGAGCUCAUUUUGAGGACGCCGGCCAAGAACAAAACGAAUGGAGUCAUCGGCUUCGAGAUCAAUGCCGCAGACCUCCAAGUGGCCUUGACGCUGCAGGCGUUCUUGCUCUCAUGUGAGGUCACUUACUUUGAGCGCUACCGCAAGCAGUUUACCUGGUCCCCCGAGGAGCAAGCCGCGCUGAAUUCCACGUUGCUCUCGCUCAUGGCCUAUGCCGACACAAAACGGGCAUCGGAAGUGAGAGCAAAAGUCCUGGCCCGACCGAACUGGCACCAGAGAAUCUACAGGCACAUGCCAGCGGGAGGGGAGGUGGACUUGCUUGAUGUUUGA